GCGGCCAUGGCCACGUCCCGGCGGGGAGCGGGAGCGCAGGUGGGCUCCCCGCGGCAGAGGGCGGGGCCGGGCGCGGAGCUGCAGGAGCUGCGGAGCCGCACGGAACGCGCCGAGCGCCGGCUCCUGGCCUGCGAGACCCUGGUGGGGGAGCUGGGCAGCGGCCUGGCCGCCCUGGGCACCCUCCUGCAGGGCUACGGGGAGCUGCAGCAGCGCCUGCUCAACCUGGAGAACCUCCUCAAGAACAGGAACUUCUGGCUGCUGCGCCUGCCCCCCGGCUCCCGCGGGGAGGUCCCCAAGGUGCCGCUGACCUUCGAUGACGUCUCGGUGUAUUUCAACGAGCUGGAGUGGCAGAGGCUGGAGCGCUGGCAGAAGGACCUGUACAGGGCCGUGAUGAGGGGCAACUACGAGACGCUGGUGUCCCUGGACUAUGCCAUUUCCAAGCCCGACAUCCUGUCCCAGAUCGAGAGGGAUGAAGAGCUCAGUGACAAAGAGCAUCGAGAGCCCACACAGACACAGGAGCCCCCCCAGGCACCAGAGGAGAUGAACCAGGCAGAGGAGUCUCUGGAAGAUGAAAUGCCCAUGGAAGCUGGCCCAGGAGCAGACAGUGCUGUGGCCAAGGCCAACAGCCCAUCCCGGAUCGAGAGGGAGGAAGAGCUCCCUGACAAAGAGGGUCAGGAGCCCCCAGGGACACACGUUGGGAACAGCCAGGAACACCCCCAGGAACAGACUGGGGACAGCCAGGAACACUCCCAGGAACACACUGGGGACAGCCAGGAACACUCCCAGGAACACACUGGGGACAACCAGAAUCAUCCACAGACACAGGCUGGGGAGAACCAGAAUCACCCUCAGACACAGACUGGGGACAACCAGAAUCAUCCACAGACACAGGCUGGGGACAGCCAGAAUCAUCCACGGGCACAAACUGGAGAGAGCCAGAAUCACCCUCAGACACAGACUGAGGACAGCCAGAAACACCCUCAGACACAGACUGGGGACAGACAGACACGUUCCCGGACACGGACUGGGGACAGACAGACACGUUCCCAGAUAUGGACUGGGGACAGACAGACACGUUCCCAGAUGCAGACUGGGGACAGACAGACACGUUCCCGGACACAGACAGGGGACAGACAGAAACCCCCCCAGACAGGUGCCCCCAACAUUCAGAAGCCCCCACAGCCACCAUCAGAGACAGAGCAGCAGGAAGAGGCUUCGGGAGAAGGUCCUGUCCCCAUGGAAGCGGAGCCAGAACUCCCCAUCCUGGUGAUGAACGUCAUGUCCCUGGGGGACCAUCGGCCAGGGAUGGAGAUGGAGGAGGAUCCAGAGGAUCCGGAGGAUCCCGACACAGAGGAAGCCUGGUUACCAGAAGAUGAAAUGCCGUGUGAAGGGGCUUCUCCUGAGAACACGGAGGUGAAGGAAGAGGAGUCCGAGGUGCUGCCAGAGGAUUCCACAGAGGGUUCCUGUCCCGGCUUGGAGAUACAGAAGUUCCCCAAAAACGAGCUGGUCAAAGCCAAGGGCAAGAAGAAGCCGAGCCGGUGCGAGACCAGCAGCCUCCUGAUGGGGAACUGCCGGCGCGGGUACGUGCGGGAAUGGUGCCAUCCCUGCACGGAGUGCGGGAAGCGCUUCCGCCUCAAGAUCAACCUCAUCAUCCACCAGCGCAGCCACGCCAAGGAGGGGCCCUACGAGUGCCCCGUGUGCGAGAUCGGCUUCACCGACAAGCGGCACCUGGACCUGCACCGGAGCAUCCACAUCAAGGACAGGGCCUUCGGGGCCAAGGUGUGGGGCAACGUCCACCCGGAGCUGCGCGUCCGCCCGCGGAGGGACCUGUGCGGCGGCGCCCCCGGGCUGGGCAACGGCAUCCACGCCGGGGGGGCCUGGCUGGGCCAGCCCAAGGAGGAGCCGGACGGAGGGGGCCUGUCCGGCGCCGGGGCCGCGCGGCCGCCGAACCCCAAGACGAAGUGCAUGUACUGCAAGAGGGUGCUGUCCUGCUCCGUGUCGCUGCAGCGGCACCUCCGCACCCACAUGCGGGAGCGGCCCCACUGCUGCAGCUCCUGCAACAAGUGCUUCACCCGCCGCACCCACCUCCUGCGCCACGAGAAGAUCCACGAGCGAGCCCUGGCCGCGCUGCGGGCGGCGGGGAACGCCCAGCCCGCCGCCGCCAUCCCGGCACCCCAGCAUCCCGCGGUUCCCGGGGCCCAGAGGAACGUUUCCAAGGGGAACGCGAGCCCCAAGCCGACAAAAGUGGGCCCGCCCAACGUGCUCCUGUUGGGAGCGACGCAGCUGGAGCUCCCGGACAAGGACUGCCCCCUUCCCAACUGCGUCGGGAGAGCCGUGCAGCCCGUGGUCCGGCUGGGAACCAGGGCGGCGCUGUCGGCGAUGAUGCAGAAAUGACCGCGGGGCAGAUCCGAACUGGGCGUGGCCCCGGAGAAAAGCUGUGAGCGUUGGGUUUGCGCGUGGUGGGCACCGGGGUUGGGAAUCUGCUGCGUUUUAGGAGCUUCCCCGAGUUGUAGAAGGAAUGGGAAGCACGGAGACCACCACAGAGAGCAAAUUGCAGGAGCCUCCAGCGACCCGAAAAGCUUCACCAUUCCACUGACUCUUGUGCCUGUUGGCUGAUGCUUGGAAUUUUGCCAAGCUGACGUGCCUGGGAGAUGACCAGGUCAAACAGCAGCUGAGCUCUCUCAUUACUUGACACUGGAACUGACCCCUCGCCUUGGGAACACAACUGAAGAGGACAGGGAGAAGGGAAUGGAGUGGCAGCCUUCCCAAGGAGCCCUUCGCUCCACCGACCAAGCUUCCUGACCAAGACGCCGGAUGAAGGGAGACCCCACCACGUCCUGGCCACGCUUGUCACUCCCCAUCCCAGGGAGGAAAUCCACCAACCCCUCCAGGAGGCUGGGAACGCCAGAGCUUUGCACUGGAAGAUCCAUAGAACAAAUCAAACCCCACUGUUCCGAUCUUGCAUAUUCCAGGGGUCCUGGCCAGUCCAUCAGGGAGUCCACAGCCACUCUUGGGACCAUCCUGCAUGGAUGCAGUCAUUUUGGGAAUACUUGAUGGGUCAGCCAGCCCUGUGCUGCCAGCAGUACCUGAUCCUCGUGGAUCCGCCACGGCAGCCACCGGCUCCUGCUCCCGCUCUCCCAGCCACAGCUCAUCUCCUUGUGCCCCAAAUCCCACCGUAACAAAUCCCAAGGGAAACCAGUUCUGCAGCUACCUCAGCCGGAGGGGAGUGAGACCUGCCCGGAGGCAGCCAGUGAAAGCCAGGCCUGGCACCGCUCCGGCAUCGCCGGAGCCACCGGAACGUGUCCGUGGCCUGAGCCCCACACUCACCCCACGCACUGCUGGUGCACGGGGAACGUCCCUCCCAGUGCCACUGCCCAACAGACAAGCUGUUGGGACUCUUGAAUUUAGUUUUCCAGGUGUUUUUUUUGUUUUCUUUGAGUUGUUUAAUGUAGUUACCUGACAUCCCAAAGUUUCUGUCCCUCUCCACGCAGUGAGGCGGGGACCUGGUUGGCUUUUCCCAUCUUUCAUUCCUGGCCAUUCCCGAGGUGUGAUGGUGCUGCUGUGGGAAGCUUUGGGAGCUGUGCCACAUCCAGCUGUGCCCCUCAGCUGCCUCCCUGCCCCUGGGAGGGACAGCAGAGUCUGAGCUGCUCCAUGGGGACACACACCCUGUCCCACAGCUCCUCCAGACCAGUGUCUCACAAUUCCUGCCCCUGCAUUCCCAGACAUCAGUGGGAGGGAAGCAGGAGGGGUGACGAUGGCAGAUGAGUCACUCUGUGUUCCCCAUAGGAUGUGGGGGCGGUUGAUGCCUUAUGGAUUGCAUAUGGAUUACCAUAUGGAUUACCAUGGAUCUGGCAGUGAGCCCGUGGCUGUUUAUCCCUGCGGGGGUGAGAUCCCAGGGGAUCCCAUGACUGAGCUGGUGGUGCCAGCAGGUGAUCCCCCAGCCCAUGGAGGUGCCGGCCCCUCCUCAGCCCAGCAGCCCCAACUGGGGGCACUUCUAAAGCUGUUUCAACCAGGACCAGCGUUUCCUAUGACAUUCCCAAUCCCUUUCUCAGGAUGUGGAAUUAAUAAAGUAUUUGCCUCUA